GCGCUGCAGUGGGGCGUGAGAGGCGACAGUCACGACGACUGUAGUAGCUGGUUAAAGUUAUAUAAUCAUGUGUUAUGAGACUUAAUUUUUCCGGACAUCAUGGAAUUAUGGAAUCACACCAUAAAAGGCAAUUGCGCUUUUUCUCUGAGUUUUGCGCUCAUUCUUCGUAAUUGUUUUAGUUUGAUUACCAUUGAAAAUGAAGUACACAGGUGAUGUAACAAAAUAAACGAAGUUUGUGUUGAUCCAUGGAUUUACACAUACCUGGUAUGGAGGAACAGGGUCGUCAACAUGAAUUUUGAUACUGCUGAUGAAGUCAACUUCUGGAGUAACCGUUCCUCGGAGCUGUACUCGGAGACACAGGGACCAUUAUCUGCAAAUAAUUCCAACUUUACCACAGCAAAUGGCACAGACAAUAACACAGACACGAAUCCGCUGGACCUUACCCGAGCCGUGUCCGUUGGUAUAGUUCUGGGCGCGUUCAUUCUGUUCGCAAUCGUGGGCAACAUACUCGUAAUACUUUCCGUUGUAUGCAACAGACACCUGCGCAUCCCAACAAACUAUUUCAUUAUCAACCUCGCCAUUGCGGACCUGUUGCUGGGUACAACGGUGCUGCCCGUGUCUGCAACAGUGGAGAUUCUUGACUACUGGGUAUUCGGGAGGAUAUUCUGUGACAUCUGGGCGGCAGUGGACGUGCUAUGUUGCACUGCUUCCAUUAUGAGCCUGUGCGUAAUAUCCAUAGACCGUUAUAUAGGAGUGCGCUACCCACUGCAGUACCCCUGUAUAGUAACGGAGAAAAGAGCCCUUUUGGCCAUGCUCGGUGUUUGGGUUCUCGCUACUGUCAUUUCCAUUGGACCUCUGCUCGGGUGGAAACAACCACCCUCAAAUGACGACACCAUUUGCCCCAUCACCGAAGAGCCCUUUUACGCACUGUUCUCGUCAUUGGGUUCAUUUUACAUACCUCUGGCUGUCAUCCUUUGCAUGUACUGUCAGGUUUAUGUAGUUGCCAAACGGACCACUAAGAACUUAGAGGCGGGGGUCAUGAAAGAACACAUGGACUCGAAUGAGCUCACGCUCAGGAUCCACUGCAAAAACGCACAACUACAGGAAUACUGCGGCGCAGGCAAGGGCCAGACACGGAGCACGCUAACAGUCAAACUGCUCAAGUUCUCCCGAGAGAAGAAAGCUGCUAAAACGCUCGGUGUCGUGGUGGGCAUGUUUAUUCUCUGCUGGCUGCCAUUCUUCCUCGUGCUGCCCAUCGGGUCAUUCAACGCCAACCUGCGUCCCCCGGAGACGUUCUUUAAGGUGAUCUUCUGGCUGGGCUACUUCAACAGCUGCCUGAAUCCCAUCAUCUACCCCUGCUACAGCCGAGAGUUCAAACAGGCCUUCAUCCGCAUCCUCAAGUGCCGCUGCCAUCAGAAGAAAAAGCAGAAGGGCUGGAGGGCCUACUACAACUACCGUUCCUCUCACCUGGGCUCCACCAACAACUCCUACCUGAAUGGGAGUCAGCAGACCCUGUCCUCUGUCAACCCCAGCCCUCGCUGUGUGAGCAAAGGAUCCGGCUCUCGCUUGGAGUCUGGGUGGGGCCAUGGCUCCCUGUCCCCCUGCCUGUCUCUGCCUGGGAGCCCCUUCACCAGCCAGAUGAGGGCCCUUCCUGGGGCUGUCCGCCAGAGCACCAGCAGAACUAUCAGAGUCAACCUGGCCUCCCCCCUGGCCAGGGAGCCAGUGCAUGCCAAUGGACAGAGUGGGAAUGGAAAGGUAGAGCAUGGGGCAAUCCGGGCAACACCUGAGACAAUAAUGUAAUGGCGGGUUGGAGCAUCAGUCAUAAGCCUGGACAAUGCCGUUUGAUAGUCUGUACUUAUGCAACGGUAGCCUUUACAUCCAGGUGCAUGUGGGUAUUUUAUACUGGAUGCUGAAAUAUGGACAAAGGUCUAACUACUGUAGCAGUCUGGAUUUAAGAUUUACGCAUCACACCAGCGGGUCAAUGGUCAAUGUGUCCGUAAGUAUUUAUUACUAAAAGUCUGAUUGCUUGUAGUUCCAUGUCCUCCAA